AUGUCUAUACUAGCAGCCGUAGUCUUCAUAUAUAGGCUGGCGCGCAAUUGCGAAACCUCCUGCCUCUAUGGUAAUACAUUCACCGUCCAAGAGCUGCAACGCCGCGCCAUCGCGGUGAUCGAGCCGGAAAAUAUCAAGACGGUUUUAUCGCUGAAUUUCAAGGACUAUGGAAUCAGGUAUUGUCUCGAGCUGUUCAGGCCGCUGUUAGGGGAAGGCAUCUUCAACACCGAUGGCGACCACCUUGGCCGCGUCGCGUGCGCUGAUCCGGCCGACCUGCGCUUGUUGGAGGGUCUGUUGCAGGAUCUAAUGGUGUUGCUUCUGCGCGAUGGGACAACAGCGGACUUGUAG